GCUGGGGGCCUGCGGGCAGGUGACAGAAGGCGGAGGUGGAGGCCGCGCAGGGCCCGCCCCCGCUGCGCUCUCCUUCACGGGAAGUGAUGUGGGGCCGGACGGAAAAUACCGCCAAGCACCCAAAAAAGGCCAGUCACUUGGGGUCCCAAGCUGCGUUUGGAAGGGAGUGCCUAAGGGCCUGAGUACCGCGGGGACGCGGCAUCUCGAGGACCUGCAGGGACGCAACCGCGCGGGGACAGCACGAGAGAGAGACGGAGCCCCAAACCGGGUGAAGCACCAAAUCCUUCAUCAUGUCGGAUGGGGAUUAUGAUUACCUCAUCAAGUUUUUGGCCUUGGGAGACUCUGGAGUGGGGAAGACCAGUGUACUUUACCAGUAUACAGAUGGGAAAUUCAACUCCAAAUUCAUCACCACAGUGGGCAUUGAUUUCAGGGAAAAGAGAGUGGUGUACAGAGCUAAUGGACCAGAUGGAGCUGUGGGCCGAGGCCAGAGAAUCCACCUGCAGUUAUGGGACACGGCAGGGCAGGAGAGGUUUCGUAGUUUGACCACUGCGUUCUUCAGGGAUGCUAUGGGUUUCCUGCUACUGUUCGACCUGACAAAUGAGCAAAGUUUCCUCAAUGUUCGAAACUGGAUAAGCCAGCUACAGAUGCAUGCGUACUGUGAGAACCCAGAUAUAGUGCUGUGUGGGAAUAAGAGUGACCUGGAAGACCAGAGGGCAGUGAAAGAGGAGGAAGCCAGGGAACUGGCAGAGAAGUAUGGAAUCCCCUAUUUUGAAACCAGUGCUGCCACGGGGGCGAACAUCAGCCAAGCGAUCGAGAUGCUCCUGGACCUGAUAAUGAAGCGGAUGGAACGGUGUGUGGACAAGUCCUGGAUUCCAGAGGGCGUGGUGCGGUCCAAUGGCCACACUUCUGCGGAUCAGCUGAGUGAGGAGAAGGAGAAGGGGCUGUGCGGCUGUUGAGACACCAGGUGAGCGUCGCAGCAGCCCCUGCCUGUGAGGAGCUGUUCCGCAGAGCUCCAGCCCGCCAGCCGAGAUGAACCACACCGCACCAAACGCCAGCUGCUUCUCCUGUCUCCGGUGGACGUUACCUCAGCGUCCAUUUCUAAGUUGUUGCAGCUUUAUACGUCCAAGAAUUGGCAGAACUAUUUCACAGAGCCAAAAGUGCCUUGAAAGCCUAAGCCCGUGGGGGCAGGCCAUUCAGGUAGUCAGGAUUUUGCAGCCAUGAAAGGUUGCGUCUGUUAUGUUAGUAUGCUGAUGAUGGCACUGUCCCGUGCCAUCUAAUGAGACCUGGAGUCUCAUUAGAGAGUCCCCCCAAAGACAUUAGGAUCUUUGAGCAGUGAAAGGCUACCAUGGUCUUGAGAAUCCAGAUUUAAAAAUCCACACCAUAGUUGACCUUCUAGAACAUCACUCACCAACACUUGAAUGUUACUAUUCUGUGCACAUUGGAUCGGUGUCUUUCAGCAUCACCUUUCAUGUCGGCCUUCCCUUGGACGUUAUGUUAAAAUUACAGCCAUCUCUGUAGACUGGGUAUGCUGGGUUGACUGUGGGUUUGGUGGGGGGGGGAGGGGUUUGUAGGGCAGGGGUGGGUGAAGAGGUGGAAGCUCGUGAAGUCGGAUUUUCUGGCUCUGGGCUUCAGGGUCAUGGAGACGGAGACCCAGGUGUUUAUUAGUGGUCUGUUGGUUCGGUCCACAGCUGAGCAUAGCUCGGGCUUCUGCUGAAUGCAUGGUAAGAAAAGACUUCUCUUCUCUUCAGAUUUAUGUUUUGUCUGGCACCUUCGGGCUGCCGUUCCUGUGAGGACUGCUGAGCGCCCGACUUUACCAUCGGGCUGGGCGGCUGCCUUUGCUGUCUCCCUGUCUGUCUUCUCCCUCAUUAGUGUGGACUGAGGGACUCUCUUUUUAAUUAAGCCACAUCUUUAUUUGCCGUCUGGAGGGAGAUGGAUGUCUGUAUUUAAGCAGUCACAUGUGUGUGCUCGUUUGAGACAGGUGUCUCGCAGCAGCCUGUCCUUCCCCGGAAGGUGGGCAUCCAUCCAUGUCCUUGCUGUGUCUUGCCAGAUCAUGUGUUCUGUCGUCUCAGUGUCUUCAUGCCCAAAAAGGGUGGUUCAAAAUGUUCUUCAUAGACUCCACUUCUUCAGACCCAGGGGAUCUCAUUCACAGCAAAAGGCUUUUAAAGAAAGUAAGCCAGAAUUUCCAAAGAACUUCACCAAGGAAAAAUAUCACCAAUUAUAAUUUUAAAAAGUAAAAACUGUGGGGUUUGGGUUUUUUUUUUAAACAGUAAAUGCUUGGCAGAACUUGUAAUACUUGUAAUUACUAAAAGAAAUGUAAAGGAAAAUAAGUAGUUUGCAUAGUAGUUUU